UACACAACACCGAAAGAAGGCUGAGGAGCUGCUUGGUAAAGAAGCUGUACAAUUUCCUUUUUAGGAAAUAUAAAUACUUUUUCUGUCAGAUAUUUUCACGUUUCCUCUGACCUAAAGAAGAUGGCGCAGUGGAACCAGCUUCAGAUGCUGUACUGCAAGUACCUGGAGCAGGUGGACCAGCUUUACGAUGACUCGUUCCCCAUGGACAUCAGGCAAUACCUGAGCAAGUAGAUGGAGAGCAUCGACUGGGACACAGUGGCGAUGCAGGAUUCCUUAGCCACAGUUCAGUUCCACGACCUCCUGGCUCAGCUCGACGACCAACAUAGCCGCUUCGCCCUGGAAAACAACUUCCUGCUACAACACAACAUCCGCAAGAUUAAGAGGAACCUGCAGCCGUACACGAAGAAGGAGCUGUCGGCCGUCUCUCUGCUCGACAUCAUCCGUACCUACAAAGUGAUGGCUGCCGAGAACAUCCCCGAGAACCCGCUCCGCUUCCUCUACCCCAACAUCCCAAAAGACAAGGCCUUCGGGAAAUACUACCCCAAACCCACAGAGACUCAGGAGCCCAUGGAUGUGGAGAACAAUCCAGAGAGGAGCAGCUACAUGAAGACAGAGCUCAUUUCUGUCUCUGAAGUAGAUCCGUCCAGACUGCAGGACAACAUGUUGCCCAUGUCUCCUGAUGACUACAGGGCUUUGUCACAGUUAGUCGGCCCCAGAGCACCCUUGAUGCUGUGGUGA